AUGGCGACAAACCCACCGGAGGGUUACCCAGACGACUUCCUCGAGCAAAUCUUAGCUAUUCCUUCCUAUUCCGGCUUGGCGGGAACAGAUGUUGGCAGUUCUUCCGAAACACUGUCGACACCAUUCCCGUUAGGUUUGGGCUUAGUUAACGGCCGGAACGACGUUAAUGCUAGUGAUGGUGAAGCUUUUGCAGCGAGGAGUGAGAGAGAGACUGUGGUUAUGGGGAAUUUCUUCCCGGCGUUUGAACAUUUACGGCCUCACUCAGUUCGGCAUACAGUCCCUCCAUUUCAGCAGGCUUUUCAAGGCCAACCAACUUCAAGCACUGCAGUUACUGUUCCACACCCACCUGGUGCACGCCCAAGGGUACGGGCUCGACGGGGACAAGCCACUGAUCCUCAUAGCAUUGCUGAGCGAUUACGUAGGGAAAGAAUAUCAGAAAGAAUUAAAGCCUUGCAGGAACUUGUUCCCAGUUGCAACAAGACAGAUAGAGCCGCCAUGCUUGAUGAAAUUCUGGACUAUGUAAAAUUUUUAAGGCUUCAAGUCAAGGUUCUCAGCAUGAGUAGAUUGGGUGGAGCUGGUGCAGUGGCACAACUUGUUGCUGACAUCCCACCACAAUCGGUUGAGGGAAACACUGAUGAAAGUGGGUGCAAUCAGCCUGUCUGGGAGAAGUGGUCAAGUGAUGAAACAGAACGAGAGGUAGCUAAGCUUAUGGAAGAAGAUGUUGGAGCUGCGAUGCAAUUCCUCCAAUCCAAAUCACUUUGUAUCAUGCCUGUAUCACUUGCAUCUCUAAUCUAUCCUUCCCACCACUCUGAUGCCGCCACCCUUGUCAAGCCUGAACCAACAGCCCAAUCAUAG